CCACUCUUCUGUCUCUACCUCUAGCUCCAGACCACCUUGACAUACAUAUACAGUGGGCAUCCGCCAGCGAUCGACCACCGCGCUGUACGCAACAUGGCGGACUUUCCUUCGACUCAAGAGGCAGGAGUCAUCCUGCAAGAUGACUUGAUGAGAGACAGAGCGAGACAAUUUGUGGAAUUUCUCGACGAUGACACGCAGGCCAACUACAAUUAUAGGGAUGGGUUAAAGAAGAUGUUGGACAAUGAGCAAAACAGGCUCAUCGUCAAUAUAGAUGAUAUCAGAGACUACAACAGGGGUAUCGCCGAUGGGCUCCUCCUCCAACCGACUUCUUUUCUCCCUGCCUUCGAUGCGGCUUUGCUGCAGCUCGUUCAGAGUUUGCACGAUCCCAUCAAGCACAAAAUCGCAGGCAUCGACUAUCAUAUCGGACUCCGAGGAUCGUUCGGUCAGAAUCAUGUGAACCCUCGGACAUUACGAAGUAGUCAAAUUGGGAAAAUGAUCAGUCUCGAAGGAAUCGUCACUCGCUGUUCCCUAGUCAGACCAAAGAUGCUCAAAUCUGUUCAUUACGCGCCAGCGACCCAAAAAUUCCACAGUCGGACUUACCACGACGCCACAAUGGUCGCUCCUUCGACUUCUCUGACUGGGAACACUACCGUCGUUCCUAAAGAUGAUGGUGAAGGUCACCCGCUCCUGAUGGAAUAUGGUCUUUCAACCUUUCGCGAUCACCAAUCUAUCAGCAUACAAGAGAUGCCAGAACGAGCGCCAGCAGGACAGCUCCCUCGAGGUGUUGAAGUCGUCCUUGCGGAUGACCUGGUGGACAGCUGUAAACCUGGAGAUCGAAUUCAACUCGUUGGAGUCUACAAGAGUUCAGGUGGUGGUGGAUCGACACGUGGAUUCAUCACCCAGAUCAUCGCCAUCAACGUCAUCCUCCUCUCUUCCAAACAAGGUGGAGGCAUCGCCCAGACUCCAUUGACAGAUACGGAUAUUCGAAACAUCAAUAAAUUGUCAAAACGACGCAAUGUCUUCAAUUUGCUGUCUCAAUCCCUUGCGCCGUCUAUAUAUGGAUCAGAUUAUGUCAAGCAGGCAGUCUUGUUGAUGCUUUUGGGGGGAGAGGAGAAGAAUUUGAAGAAUGGAACACAUAUCAGAGGAGAUAUCAAUUGUCUGAUGGUCGGAGAUCCGAGUACUGCAAAGAGUCAGCUGUUGAGAUUCGUCCUCAACAUUGCUCCUUUGGCUAUUGCCACGACGGGACGAGGAUCAUCUGGAGUUGGUCUCACUGCCGCUAUCACACAAGACAAGGACACGGGAGAGAGGAGACUCGAGGCUGGAGCAAUGGUCCUCGCGGACCGUGGAGUGGUGUGCAUUGAUGAAUUCGACAAGAUGAGCGAGGUCGACCGAGUUGCCAUCCACGAAGUCAUGGAACAGCAAACUGUCACCAUUGCCAAAGCUGGAAUUCACACGACAUUGAACGCCAGAUGCAGUGUAUUUGCGGCUGCGAACCCGGUCUAUGGUCAAUACGAUGUUCACAAGGAUCCCCACAAGAACAUUGCCUUGCCGGACUCUUUGUUGUCUCGUUUCGAUCUGCUCUUUGUCAUUACAGAUGAUGUCUCGGAGCAACGAGAUCGGCAAAUCUCAGAACACGUACUGCGAAUGCAUCGCUAUCUCCAACCUGGAGUGGAAGAGGGUGCUCCUGCCAUUGAAAAUCUCGUUCAAAAUCUCGAUGUCGGUGGUGAUGAGAUUGAAUCACGAACGACCGAGACACCGGUGUACGAGAAAUUCAAUCCUCUCUUACACGGCGGUGUUUCUACGACAUCUGGACGAGGAGCCAACAAGCGGAAAGAGGUGCUCAGCAUAGCAUUUAUCAAAAAAUACAUCCAAUACGCCAAGAGUAGAUGUCAUCCGGUUCUGACGCAAGGAGCCUCAGAUUGGAUCGUAGGGGUUUACUCUGCCUUGAGGAACGAUGAUCUCGCUGGGAACCAAAAGAGGACAUCGCCUCUCACCGCUCGUACACUUGAGACCCUCAUUCGAUUGUCAACUGCCCACGCCAAAGCUCGCCUCAGCCCUCACGUGGAGGAGCGCGAUGCUAUGGCUGCGGAAGAGAUCCUCCGGUUUGCCCUUUUCAAAGAGGUGCUCAAAGCACAGCGAAAGAAGAAGAGGAGGUUAAACAAUGGUCAAGUGGUCGACAUGGCCUCAGAUGAGGAUGAGGAUGAGGAUCAGGAGGAAGACGAUGCGGAGGAUGUGGCUGAGGAGCUAGAGGGAGUGACCAUCAGUCAACGGGACAAAGCGCGAGAAAAGGCUCGAGAGAUUGAAGGCAGUGCUGGACCAAGUCAACCUCGACAGAGAGAUCCACAGGAAGAGGACCAAGAUGAUAUUGAUAUGGAUGGUGCAGAGGCUUUGGCCUUGUUGGAGGAGGAAGAAGGCGCAGAGAUUUCGGCUGAACGACUCGACUUGUUCAGAUCACGCCUUGAUCACGUCUUCAACUCUCAACUCGGGGCUGAGGGUAUGAUGGACCUAUCUGACCUGUUACCGCUCGUCAAUGAGGGAAUGGAGACACAAGAUCUAUUUGGAAGUCGCGAGGCUCGUCAAGCAGCGGAGAAGAUGAACGAGAGGAACGAGAUCAUGUUUACAGAGGGGACCGUGUAUCGAGUGUAGUCUGAUAUGCCUGUGUUUUAAUUUUCGGUACUACGUGCAUUGCUUUGGCUC